AAUUAAAAAAAAAUAAUAAAUAAAGGGUUUUAAGCUGAAAACACUAAAAUAGGAAUCGAAGGGUUUAACCACAGUAGCAGCAGUAAGUAAAUUCUUCGACGAAGAAAAAUGAGCAAUGAUGCAAAGAAACCUGUCAAUGGAUCCGGUGGCCCCGCUGCCGCCGCCGCCGCAGGAGGAGGAUUCCGGGCUAAAUUGGAGCAUGUUUUGUACAGCGGUGAGAAGAAGCAUGUAGCGGCCGGCAUGGCUAUUAUCGGAGUCCUCUUUGGUGUUCCAUGGUACCUCAUGACUCGGGGGUCAAAGCAGCAAUCGCAUCAAGAUUACAUGGAAAAGGCAGAUAAAGCUAGGAGUGAAAGGCUUUCCGCUGGUUCAUCCAAAACCAGAUAAAAGACCUUUGCAAUCCCUUUUCUCUUAUGAAGACAAUCUUUUGAUGUUAUUACCGGAGAAAAGUCGUCCUUGUCACAGGUGAAAGUAAUGACUUUUUUUCUUUUUUGAUGUUAUUUGUACUACGGAGUUACAAGUUUCGAGAACUAAUCUUCAAUGUAAGGUUGUUUUCCUGUUUAUUUGAGUAAUAAAUAGGGAUUUUCAGAAAGACCUCCCUUGACCUCGAGAUUUGGUGUAGUUACCGUUUCACCCCCUCGGAUUGGAUCGUUAUUUCCCUUCAAUUAUUUUUGUCAUCGUUAGAUGUAAAUGGCAUUUUUUUUUAAAUUCCAAGGUAUGUCAGGUUGGUUUGUAUGAGACGUAUCUUCAAAUUUUUUUAAGAAUCACAAUAGCUUCAAUUUUGAAA